ACCUUCGUUAUUCAUCAAGUUCAAACACUUUCAUUCACAAUGGUUUCCUCAACUCUCAUUGUUGCCGCUAUGGGCGCCGCCCUCCCUGUUGCUUUCGCAACUCCUUCGUACCCUGUUGCCAACGGUACCACUCCUUCUGGACCCACCUCGACUGGUGGCUCUAAGCCAGCUCUCCAGACCGUAGCCGUUGGACAGAAUGGCCUCAAGUUCACUCCCGACACCAUCACGGCAAAGGUUGGCGAGCAGAUCGUCUUCGAGUUCUUCCCCAAGAACCACGCCGUUGUCCAAGCAAACUUCGACAGCCCAUGCAAGCCCAAAGACGGCGGUAUCUUCUCUGGCUUCGUUCCCGUUCCCGAGGGUCGCGCCAACAAGACUUUCGUCGUGACUGUUCAGGACGAUAAGCCAAUGUGGCUUUACUGCCCCCAGAACGCCCCCAUGCCUCACUGCCCCCAGGGUAUGGUCGCUGUCAUCAACCCACCUGCUUCCGGCCCCAACACCCUCGAUGCCUUCAAGGCUGCUGCCGCUGCUACCAACGGAACCAAUGCGACGGCUCCAAGCGGUGGACCUACCGGAGGCGAGGUCAGCACUCCUGGCGCUGCUCCCGGAACUCCCGGUGCUCCCGGUUCUCCCUCAUCUUCGCCCGCUCCUUCUUUGGGCUCUGCGACGUCAGCUACUAUUAGCGGAUUCCUCGGCCUUGCUGCUUUGUCCGCUGCUAUUCUGUUGUAGGUAGCUCAGGGGAAGAGUGACGAGAGCUUAGGUCAGGCGGGUAAUUUUAUUUGAUGGCCAUAUUCAUUCAGUGAAUGGAUCCGACUGGAAUAGAGCAAGUAGUGUAUCCAAGUCUGGCAUGGGCUUUUGACUUUGUUUGUUACUAGAUUGUUUUCGCAUGCUUGUAAUCCUAAUAUAGAGUAUAUACUAUCCGAUAGUAU